AUGGAAAAUGGAAUGAAAGCAACCACUCCAGUUAUCACGUGUGGCUUUAUACAGCGGUUCUCAACCUCGCCGUGCUCCUCCUGCCACACUCAACAUGGCGGCACCCUCGGUCCGCCGAGGAGCUUGAGCUGGUCGCAAGUGACGCGGUCCACUCCAGUCAUGGCGGCCCCCCAACAGGCCGCGGGCAGCGGAGCUCUGGAAACGUGCGGUCUGGAGCGGAUUUUGGAGGCGUUGAAGCUGCUGCUGAGCCCGGGAGGAUCUGGCUCAAGUUCACUACAGAUCACAAAACAUGAUGUCUUGUUGGCUACUUUAAAAUCUAAUCUGUCUGCUUUGGAGGAUAAAUUUCUGAAGGAUCCUCACUGGAAGAAAUUGAAACUCCUACGGGAUGAAAUCGCUAAUAAGGCUGAGUGGCCACAGAAUUCUGUGGAUGUCACCUGGAGUUUCACCUCUCAAACCUUACUGUUGCUGUUGUGCUUGAAGGAAACCAUGGUCCGCCUUGCAGCUGAUUUCAGUCCAGGCCAGCCCAACCCGAGGACUCCAGAAGCUGCUCCAGUCCUGAGCCCGGAUACACUCAGCAUCGCCCAGCAGAAGACUGUCCAGUCAGUUUUGCAGUUUGUUGUCACCUUGGGCGUCUGCCCCUAUCUCAUGCCUGGUGUUGGAGUCCCUUUGAGAUAUAGGACUGAGUUUGGGGCUGUUGUUCAAGACGUUGUGUGUCUCGAUGCCGUCCCCAAUGCCACCCAAAGGCUGUAUACCAGCUGCAGGGUCCUCCUAAAUGUUGCUCAGCACGCAUCUCUGGGGAGCUUGAUUUUCUGCGGCCAUUUUGGGGAUAUUGCAGCAGGUUUGUGCCAACUGGGAUUCUGCCCAACCAAGAGAAAGCCACUAAAACCCGAGGAAGAGGUGUUAACUGAAGAGGAAAGAGCCCUAUCUAGGGAGGCCUUGAGAGACAUCUUGGAUCAAGUGUAUCAGCCGUUAGCAGUGCGAGAAUUACUUAUCCUCCAGGGAGGACCACCCCAGGUAUUCAGGCCUGCCGGUGCUUCCGGGGCAGCUGGUGGAAGUGAUGCUGAGGCAACGGCUGCUGACUGGAAGAAGUGUGACUUGAUUGCAAAGAUAUUGGCCUCUUGUCCCCAGCAGUCUCUUUCCCCAGAGGGUUACUAUAGGGAUAUCUGCCCCCAGAUUCUGGAUUUAUUUCACUUUCAAGAUAAAUUGACAGUACGACAAUUUCAGAGAGUUGCCACCACUACCUUUAUAACUGUGGCAAGAGAACGCCCACAGUUGGCAGCCAAGUAUUUACUUCAGCCAAUGUUAGCUCCUCUUCAUCGAUGUUUAAAUACAGCAGAGAUUCCAGAAAGUGACAUGGUGCCAGGGACCAUUUUGGUGACAGAAGAAGAACUUAGUAGAUGUAUUGAGGAUGUAUUUAAGAUCCAUACUGGUCUCUUCUUUUACCCUUCAGCCCUGCCCUACACAUUUAUGCUGGAAAAGCCACAGGUGGAUAUGGAAGUUCAACUUUUCUUCAAAGCCCCAUCUCACCUGCUCUCAGAGAGGCUUUUUCACACCAAAGAACUGAAAAGGUCACUUUGCCAAGAGAUCUUAUUAUGGAUUCUGGAGAAGCUGGAGAGGAAGAAGGCAAUUGCCAGCCUGAAAGGAUUUGCAGGGUUGGACAAAUCUGUACCUUCCCUCCAUUCUCUGUGUCAGUUUAGAGCUGCCACUCAAGGUGGCAUUAUGAUUACCAUCAAAGAAGCCAUUUGUGAUGAAGAUGAAGAUGAAGAUGAAGCACUGUACCAGAAGGUGUCCUUAGAACAGUGUCAGGUAGAGCAUCUGGGGGACUUGCUGUCUCACUGCCAGGAAUGUGGCUUGGCUGGUGACUUCUUCAUCUUCUGCUUGAAGGAGUUGACUCAUGUUGCUGUGGAAAAUGAAGCAGAAUUAAAAACGCAGCCCUACUCCAGCAACAGCCUCUUGGAAUUAGAGCAGCACCAGACUCUUCUGGUGGAAGACCAAGAGCGGAAGCUGCUGGUCCUACAGCUGAUGGCUGUCCUAUGCGAGCGAAUGUCUGAGCAGAUCUUCACAAACAUCACUCAGGUGGUGGACUUUGUAGCAGCAACCCUGCAGCGAGCAUGUGCAAGCUUGGUCCACCAGGCAGAGAGCACGGUGGAGUCACAGACACUGAGCAUGUCCAUGGGGCUGGUGGCUGUCAUGCUGGGAGGAGCUGUUCAGUUGAAGUCAAGUGACUUUGCUGUCUUGAAGCAGUUGCUGCCUCUGUUGGAGAAGAUCUCCAGCACGCACCCUGACCCUGUCAUCCAAGAGCUCGCUGUUGACCUCCGCAUCACCGUUUCCACCCACGGAGCCUUUUCCACAGAGGCCGUCAGCAUGGCUGCCCAGAGUACCCUGAACAAAAAGGAUCCAGAAGGGAAAAUAGAGAAGCAGCAGCAAACCAGCCUCGAGAGAGACACUGAUGUGUCUCAGAGCCGCCUCGGACAACAGCAGAGCCAUGAGAAAUCCAGCCAAACAGGCCUGAAAUCUGAUGCUCCAUUCAUUCCUCAGGGCAUCAGCAAGCCCGGCACUACUACAAACCAGAAACGGGGAAGCGUAACCACAGAACAGCUCCAGGAAGUCCUCUUAUCCGCUUAUGACCCUGAGAUUCCAACACGGGCUGCCGCCCUGCGAACCCUGUCUCACUGGAUAGAGCAGAGAGAAGCAAGAGUCCUUGAGAUACAAGAGAAACUUCUCAAGGUAUUUUUGGAGAACUUGGAGCAUGAAGACGCCUUUGUAUACCUGUCUGCUGUUCAGGGGGUUGCCCUGCUCUCAGAUGCGUACCCUGAGAAAAUCCUGCUUGGCCUGUUGGCUCAGUAUGACUGUGGUAAAGACAAGCACACUCCGGAGACCAGAAUGAAAGUUGGGGAAGUCCUGAUGCGAGUUGUCAGGGCAUUAGGGGACAUGGUCUCCAAGUACCGAGAACCUUUGAUCCAUGCCUUCCUGAGGGGAGUGAGAGAUCCAGAUGGUGCUCACAGGGCCAGCAGCUUAUCCAACCUUGGAGAACUGUGCCAGAGGCUGGACUUUCUUCUGGGCUCCGUGGUUCAUGAGGUAACAACGUGCCUGAUUGCUGUGGCUAAAACAGACCAUGAAGUUCAAGUGCGCAGAGCUGCCAUCCAUGUGAUUGUGCUGCUGCUUCGGGGGCUCAGCCAGAAAGCUACAGAGGUGCUGAAGGAUGUCCUCAAGGAUCUCUACCACCUGCUGAAGCACGUAGUGCAUUUGGAACCCGACGACGUGGCCAAGCUCCAUGCCCAGCUGGCCUUGGAAGAGCUAGAUGAAAUAAUGAGAAACUUCCUGUUCCCACCACAGAAGCUGGAGAAAAAGAUCAUAGUCCUGCCAUAGACCUGGGUGGCUCAAAGGACAUUGAGUAGGCAGAGAGGGACCAAGCAGCCAGAGCAGUUCCCAAGCCUUUCAGCAGGUGGCCCCACUGUCUCUUUGAUGCUGGCAAUAUGGCUGACUGGAGAUGGCUUUAUGUCUCUGGUCAUUUGUGUCAUCCAGCUGAGCUUCCUAAAGCAUCUAAGUAGCCAUCCUGUAUCCAGCCAGAAGUGUGUGCCAUUAAAAGAAAAAUGAUUACAAAUCUCA